GAAACAGCGCCGACAAAAAGUACAGGGCGACUGGGGCCGUUCCGGGACAACCGAGCUUCCGUCCCCUUCGUAAGCCCAUCUUCGCUGCCAAAACGCAACCUUACAUUUUGAACUCCCUGCAAUGUAUCCAUCGUGUCCGAGACAAGCAUGUGUGCAGCUCCCUAUCACACCGGGGCUGCAAGGGAUGUACCGAUGCUGGAAGGCAUGCAUGUCAAAGGCUGCCGUCUUCAGUCUUCCAGCCCCAGUAUCAUGUCUGUGAGGCGCAAUAAAGCUUGGAUUUGCGCACUUUUGGUUGCGGUUAAGAGCUGGCUUGGUAUCUUGCCGUCCGGACGCUUGAGCAGUGCGGCAGGGUGCAGCCAAGGGUGCGGCGGCGUGGUGCGGCGUGCAAGGGCGUGCCAUGCCCCUGCCCCAGGCUCCUCCCUGCCCGUCCUGCAUACACACUGUGCACCCGGUAACUGCUUGACAUGUCGAAUACACUCAGAGGUACAGCGUGAUAUACGCUGACCCAGAGGAACAAGGACAGCAGAACUGGCGCGAGCCGGUCGUAUGCGCACCUGAGAAAUAUGCAAGGGCUGCAGAGUUCGCCACUCGUCAACAGCGUUCAGAAUUGGUUCAAUGGUUUACCCAUUUGCACAAAAUCUGUGUUUGUCCUCAUCAGCGGCAUCUAUUUGUUCCAGCUGGUUACCGGUUACGACAACAUCUACGGCGUGUGCCUGUCGCCAUACGAGACCGUGGUCCAUUAUGAGGUGUACCGGCUGCUGACGUCGGUGCUGGUGCACGGGGGCCUGCUGCACGUGACCUUCAACAUGCUGGCCUUCGUGCCCAUGGCCUGCUCCCUGGAGCGCCUGGUGGGCACCGUGCAGUUUACAUACCUGCUACUGCUGAUGACGGUGUUGGCGGGGCUGGUGUUCACUGCCACGUCCUUCCUGCUGUUCUUCAGCCACGUGCUGCCGGCUGCGAUGCGGCAGUGUGCCAUCGGCUUCAGCGGCGUCAUCUUCGGCCUCAUCGUGGUGGACAACGCACAGUCCGCAUCCUCACACCGAUCCAUAUUCGGACUGUUCACGGUGCCGGCAGCCUACUACCCCUGGGCGCUGCUGCUGUUCUGGCAGCUGCUAAUGCCUUCCGUGUCGUUCAUCGGGCACUUGGCGGGUGUGCUGGUGGGCGCGGCCUGGGUGGGCGGCUACCUGCGGCCGCUGGCGCUGUCGCGGCCCGCCACGGUCUGGCUGGAGGGGUGGGCCGGGCUGAGCAGCUGCGUGCGGCUGCCCAGCUUCAUGAUGAUGCCUGGCGCCACGCUGCCCUUCACCACUCAUGACACGCGCAGCGGGGCUGGCGGCAGUAGCAGCAGUGGCGCCGGCGGUGACGGCGGCGGAAGCAGCAGCCGCACGCCCACGUUUGGACCCAACCUCGCAAACCUUGGAAAGCUGCUGCGAGGGGGUGGCGGGGCGGGCGCGAGCGGGGCCGAUGGGGACGGCGCAUCGGGCGGUGGCGGUGGUGGCGGUACAGAUGCGGAGGCGGGCGGUGGGCGAGGUGCAGGCGGAGGCGCGGGAGGGGCUAGCGUAUUUCAAGGUACUGGGCGUGUGCUGGGCGGCACGGGUGGGAUGGUCGUGGGCACGCCUGCUGUGCCGCCUAGUGCAGCAGCGGCGCUGGCGGCGGAGGCACGGAUGGGCGGCCCGGCGGGCGGCAGCGCCGGUGGUGGCAGCAACAGCGGGGGACGCGGCGGUGCUGGCGCGGACAAAUUGCAUCGGUGAUGGAAGGGGUGCAGUGGGAUUUGCAUAGUGAGGUGAUGUCCUUUCGAGUUGACGUCCUGUGCUUGCAGCUGUCGCUGUCGCACGUAAAUCGCAAGGUGUCCCGCGGACAGAGCUGACCCAUGGAGGACCAGUAGGCCAGCGGUCUGAUUAGGUCACAUGCUUCCAGGCCGUCAGGCUCCAUUACGGGCACGGUCAUUCUUGGGCAGGUUGCCGGUGCAAUUCCGGCUGCGUGUGCUGUGAGCGUGUCGCUGCGUGCGUCGUCUUCUGGUUCGUGGCAGUGCCAUGGGUCGUACCUGCAUGAGGCUGCAUGGGUGUGCGAUGAGACAGUGUUAAGGCAGGUUGGUGCGUGAAGUCCCGUAGGGUGCAGCUUAUUCCCAGACCCCAGCAGAUGGCAAACAAUAUGCAACGGCAGGGCAGGAGUGCGCGGCUGGUCGAACGCCGGAGGCACUGUACCGACAAGUUACCCGCAUGGGUGUCGGGCUGUCGGCCAUCCCAGUUGCGUGAACGACACCUGACGCAGGUGCGCGGAUCGUUCCUACGCAUUUGCAACUAGUUAAGUUGCGCCCCACGCUUCUGCUCCCUGGCUAAUCUAUCGGUGUGAGGGCCUUUUUGGGGACCCAACAACAUGUACCACAAUGUGUCCCCACUCUCCGCCGCGUAUGCUGCCGUUGCGAUGCCCGCCGCCUUCAUUUCCGUGCAAAGCCAUGAACGAACGUGGAGGGUGUGUGGCUUGGGUUGGGGGGUUCAGAAGUUAUUGAUUUUACGGAGGCGGCAGAGCCUCACUGUUGCGUAGCGCGGUAAUCUUGCGCACCACCACAUACGGAUGCAGCAGUACAGCCACAGGGCUAUGCCACACGGUACCGUCUUUCAUCACAGACACCCGCAGCCACAGUUGCAUUUCAAACUGGAUGCCCAACAUAUAACAUGAUCACCA